CUGACAGAACGACCUGGAAGUGUGCCAGGGACCCCGGGAGAGAUGGAGGGAGGGAGGCAGAGCAAGUUAGAACAAAGGCGAGCCGAAGUCUCCUGAGAGCGGGACCCGACUGGGGAGUCCUCGGGACUGUCCUGGGCAGAAAGUGAUGAUGAAAAGGAACUGAAGGUUGUAGAAAGCCAAGGAAAUCCCACCUGUUCUCUUUAUGGGUCCCCUCAGCACGACCUCCAGCGGGACAUGGCUGAAGAUGCACUGCGCAGAGCCAGUAGGGAUCUCCUAGACCUGCAGAGCCCCGAGGGCCCCAGUAAGCGCUGCCCUCAGCGGAUGCACAAGCGCCGCUUCAGCUCUGACUACAUCAGCCCCGCGGAUCUGGGAGGGGCUCAGGCCCCACGGGAAGGGCCCCGUUAUGGUUGGGAGGGGGACAGGCUCUCAGGCCCACCUGAUGUUAGUCUGUACCCCCCGGAGUCCCCUCCAGGACAUGGCUCAAGCCCAGGCUUCUUGGGAUCGGCAGACAGCACGUCUGAGAGCGUGGGCCAGUCUGGGGACAGCUCUGAGUCCCCCACUCAUUCCUCCCUUGGGCGUCCCCUGAGACCCGGUUCCACGGAGUCAGCCGACAGCGCCCCUGAGAGCACUGGUCAGUCUGGGGACAGCUCAGAGUGUCCCUCAGAGUCAGAGGAAGCUUCAUCUGUGGGCGAGACCCCUCCGAGAAGGGCCCCAGCGGGAUCCUCCCCAAGCCACUUUCUAGGCCCUGUGCCCCCAGAGGGGCCGCUGCACACCGCAAGGGCUAAUGGCAGAACGAGCUCUGGUGAUUGUUAUGAGGAGACGCCCGGUAACUUCGUGGGAGCUGUCACCCAGACCGGGUCCGCAGACCCUAAUGCCCACAUGCCCCACAGUCCGGCCCGCUCGUCGGAGGGGGAAGAGUCCAACUCUCCUUUUCCAUGGGGGGAACCCCCACCCUCGGACCACAUCCCCAAGCCCAAGAAGGCAUCCGUGGCAGCUCUUCGUUCCCAGUCCGGUGGUUCGUUCUGCCCCUUCGGCCCCCCCAAGAGUAGCACCCCAAAGAGGCCGAGCCAAGCCCGAGCUCCCCGGCAAGGGAAAAGCGUGCCUGCCCACUCCUCCUCGUCCGAAGUCUCCAGGUACGGCAGGGGCCAGCUGAACUACCCACUGCCUGACUUCUCCAAAGUGGAGCCCAAGGUGCGGUUCCCUAAAGACGAAGAGAGCUACCGUCCCCCCAAGGGCAGGAGCCCCUCCAGGCUGCUCCAGGGCUCCACAAGGCCCCUGGUCUUCAAGUCCCCCGCCGAGAUCGUUCGCGAAGUGCUGCUCAGCAGUGGGGAUAGCUCCUCUCAGAAAACCUCUCUCCAUUCCUACCCACUGGCCAAAGUGCCCAAGGAAUUCAAGACCCCUCAGCAGGCAACCGAGCUGGUGCAGCAGCUGCAGGAGGACUACCACAAAUUGCUCACCAAAUAUGCAGAGGCUGAGAACACCAUUGACCAGCUGCGGCUUGGAGCUAAGGUAAACUUGUAUUCCGACCCGCCAAAGCCCAGUCAUAGUGUUCACAUGGGAACCCUACCCCAUGGGACUAAGGUCAUGACCUUCACCAUUCCCCAAGCUAGGAUGGCCGAAUGGCAGUCAGUAACCAACACUGGAUCACAGGCCUUGCUGGACCCAGAACUAUCAGCAACUCAGGGUGACCUAAUUCCAUCCCCAGCUGCUGCAAACCCUGGCCCACUGACAGAUGGCACUGGUACCUCUAUGCUAGAGCCAUCCAUGGGAGAUCGUCUGACUCAGACACUGGCCAAUGAGGUGGUCAAGUUCCUAGCACAGGUGGAAUCUUUUGAAGGACUGGUCCAAGAAGGAACGUUGGUACCUCAGGAGCAGCUCAAGGGGCUAUGGAGGCUGAAGGAAGAACAGGAUGCUUUGGAGAAAGCCUUCCUCUGGGCACGAGGAGAGCACAGACGCUUGCAACAGCUCCAGACAUCUGAAGUGUCACCUGGUGAAUUUGAUCCUAACAGGGAAGUGGAAGGAGAGAUAUUUCGGCUGGGAAUGCGCCUCGAAGAGCUCAUGGAUGAGACAGAUGACUUAAGACCUGAAGAACUCUCUCUAAGAGCCCCUCCAGGAGAAAAGUACCGUGACAGCUCGACAGCUUCACCUGUAUCAGACGCACCUACUCCAUCUCCUGCUCCAUCGGCUCAAGCCCCCAUGCCAACUGUCCGCACCCCCUACCCUGAGACGCCAGCUAUCCAGAAUGGCCACACUUACCUGUGUGGAGUACAUUCAGAAGUGAGCCCUGCCAGCAGUGAGUUAGAAGAUGAGAGCCCAGGACUCCCACAGCCACUUCAGUACAAGCAGCUCCAAAUGGAGCAGGAGUUCCAGAGUCUUAUAACCCAAUACCACAGUAUCAAGUCCCUUCCUGAUGCCAUCAAGUUGGAAGGAGGUCAGGAAGAGAAGGAUUUCACCCAGGAAGUCGAUGGGUCAAUUGCUAGGAAUCCCAGUGCUUUUGAACCCAGCUCCAGGAGGACAGAAAAAGAACAAGGGAAGCAUCCGAACCUUCUUGAGGAGUCUGUGGAGCAGAGGCAAUCAGCCCAGCCCCUAGAGCUGCGGCCCUCAGAGAGGAAUGACCGGCACUUGGGUGGGCUUCUUCAAGGUCCCAUGGCUCAGCCAGCCCCACCCACCCCCAAACUCCCCCCACCAGCCUCAGAGCAAAAGCAGCUGUCUUCUCACCCGAGCAGCAUCACCAGCUUGGCUGGCAGUGGCGCUUCGGGCUCUCUGCCGCUUCAGAAGGCUUUCCAUUCAGCCAGCGCCCCUCAGCUGGAACACCGGAUAGUAUCCCCAGAAACUGACAGCGGCUUUGUGGGAUCUGAAACCAGCAGGGUGUCUCCAUUAACUCAGACUCCAGAGCACCGACUUUCCCAUACCAGUAUGUCUUUUGGUACCAGUGACUCGAGGAGAUUACCCCAGUCAUCUACAGCAUGUCUACCCCCAGCCCCAUCCUCCCCCCAUCCAGGAAGGGACCAGCUUGUCGCCAGAGUGUCCUCUGGGCUUAGCACAUCAGAGACCCAGGUCCAGAGGGCCGGCCCAACCCCUACCAGUCCCCCAAAGAAGUGGACAAGGAGCUUCCACCGCAAAUCGAGUCCGGGUACAAAGAUGGAUGACUUGGAUGGUGAGGACCAUGAUGGAGCCUGUAGCCAGUAUUCCCGUGGCAGAGAACAUGACCAGUCUCCUGAUCUCACCCCUUCUGAUGAAGGCCAUCAAGAGAAGGCACAAGACCCACUACGCAACCUCAUCUCCCGGGAAGUCAGAGACCAAGCCAUCCGGGCCCUACAGCAAGAAGUGACUCGACUCCGAGAAAGGAUAGAAGCCAGCUUGAACAACCCACCUCGGAGCAACUCAAGCCAUGACUUCCAACAAGCGACUAGGGCUCGGAGCCGGCUUGUAAAGGACCCAUUGGCUUCAGGGAGCCCUUCCCACCUCAGUAAAUCUGCAGAAAGAUAUCAAGGUGAUCGUGGCGAUGCAGCUCAAAACAAUAGCACAGUAAGGUUGCGAUUGAGAUCCUCCUCAGUGCCCCGAGAAGGGAUCCAACCAAGCCAAACUUCUGAGUCAGAACAAUCUAUAUCCAGGAUCCAGACUAAGGGGAGCAGAGCUGAAGAACAGAGCCCCAGAGAGAGAAUAAAAGGAGGAACCAGAGGGAAGCAAACACAAACAGUCUACUUCCGGGGCCACUACACAGGUCGUGAAUAUUCCGCUAAACCCUCUCAGAACUUCCAGGAAGAUGACAAAUCUCCUCCUUGCCCCUGCUGUCAUGCAGUGAAGAAGAAAGUUCUUGAUGACCCUCCCAGCAAGGAUCCAGAGGAACUUUUUCCCCAUAAUAACGUCAAGAAGACCCAGAAUCCAAGAUGUCACAGACCUAGGAGUCCCACAGAGAGAGACAGGGAAUCCUCGGGGGCAGACAAGGGCACACGGAAAGGAGCACCCCUCAGUUCUGGCCCAGUUCGGAAAUCUGAGCAACGGGAGCAGCCGUCGUCUCCGCCAUCGCUUCCUGGGGUGUGGUAUCUUGCAUCUCCCAUGGGGACAACCUUCGCUUACGUCCCACCAGUUCCUGUUGUGCCUUAUUCACCCUCAACAUUGUGGUAUUCUCCAGGAGCACCUACCUCUGCCUCCUCCCCCACGCAUCGUACCAGUGGUAAAAAACCUGCUGAGGUGAGAGCCUGGUCUCAGAGCCGCCGAACCCCAGCCCCGAGCCACCGCUGCUUGUCCGAGCUGGACCUCGUGGAUCUGGAUGACCUCAGCCGGUCCUUGAGUCGUGCUGUGGAAGCAGCCAAAAGUGUCGAACUCACCACCAAACAAAUGAGCCGGUCUUUGUCUGCUGACCUGCACAGAGCCCGAGGUCUACGGGGAUCCUGCCUCUUUUGACAGGAAUUGACUUAACAUGAGGGAUAAAAGGGCAGGGAGUUUGAGUUCUCUUUCACUGAGCAUGGUAGACCUUUUGCAAGAGCAAACAACCUGGAAAUGCUGGGGGAAACCCUUCAUGUGGAUGCUAAAUUGGCAGCAGAUAACAAGCUUAUUUUUUUAAACUUUUUUUUUAACAAGAGAACAAUGUAUUUUUUCAACUAUGGACAGAGCAGUCUGGGGCUUUCAGUCCAAAGUCCUCCACCAGCAGUAUGAUACUGAGAAUGAACAAAGCUCUGUACACAAAGAACUCUGGGAAUAGCAAUAGCCUUUCCUUCCACACCUGUACUUUCCUAUCUCCAGCUAAUGAGAUUUUUUUUUUCAAGGCCAGGCUGCUUUGUCUCAGGUCCCCAAGAAUAGAAUGAGUCCUUCAAGAGUCAAGGAGAGAAGCGCUUGCAGAGUGUGUAUAUAUGGAAAAGGGAAGUGGUAGGAGGAUAAAGCCAUUGCUAACUCCUAGGGAGACAAAAGCUGUGAAAAAAAAAAAAAAGAGGAGGAGGGGGCUCUUUACUGGCAGCUUCUGCACUAUUUUUAGAGUCUGAACAGAAGUCCCUGGGCUUUCAAUUUCUCUUUUGCUGGAAAUAAGGGCUUCCACAUCAAUAUGUUUGAAGCCAGUGUUUUUGAAAUUGUUUUCCUUUUUUUUUUUUCCUGCAAGAAUUCCUCCUGGUACUUCCUCCUUUCUGUGGAUUUAUUUGGCAUUUAAUUGAUUGGAGCUGAGACAGUUCCUAAUGCAUCUGUCUCUUGGGUACAGACUAUUGCACUGAGGGAUGCCAAAAUCCCCUGCAUUGAUGCUUACCUCAGCAUUCCUAGAAUGCACCGCAUAGAUGGCGUUUGUAUAUUUGGGGCAUUUAAAACCUUAUUUUAAUUCCAAAGGUUAAUGAAGAAAAAUGAACGCUGAUCCUUUUUUUUUUUUUUUUUAAAGAAAAACAAAACAAAACAAAAAAUGUGUCUGGUGUGUUUUAUCAUCAUGUGAUUCUUGAAGUCAUGUUUGCACUGAAAAUAGAGGCAAAGAAAACAAACAAAAAAAAAAAAAACCUUUCUCAUAGACAGCCUAUAGAUGAUCCCUUGCAGAAAUUAAGAGUGAAUUCAUACCUUUCCUUCUAGAGCUUAUUUCAUUUUUCUUUCUCAAAUGUUUUGUCUCUUCCCAUCAUUUUAUAUUCUCUAUUCAUUCUUCUUGCUUUCUAGUCUUUAUUCUCCUUCAUUUUCCCCCUUCACAUAGAAAUCCCCUUGGAAAAUGAGAGCACCAUCCAGUUCUUUUCUCUUAGCUGCGGUCUGCCUUAAUAGGAUCCAAAAUGUUAAUUGAGUGAAGUAGAAACAAUUCUUUUCUACUGGUGCUAUGCUACUGCAUUGUGAGAGUAUUCAGACUUUCAAGAGUUCAACAGAUGUUAACUCUUGAGAGGGAGGAGGACUUUUGGAUGGAAAGAGUGAGCCAAAGAGAAAUUUGAUUUGAACUCCAGAUCUCCAUAUACAGGCGUUAUUUACAUUAGAAAUAAACUCUGGGGGCCAAGCUCUCAACAAAAGUCAGACUUUUUUUCACAUUUUUAUUGGCUUUCCUCUAUGCAGUAAACCAUCUUUGAUAACCAAAAAGCUCAAAACUUAACCAAUAUAUUAACAGGGUCUGACAAUAUGUGCAAUAUUCUGUUGGGUUCUUGUUUAUAAUAAUUGUUCUCUUUGGGAGAAAGCAGGUUUCUUGGGGAAGUUUUCUGGAGGCAGCCUUAGUAUCAAUUAAGAGUAAAUAAUCACCCAAAAUGCAGCCAGGUGAUAAAAGUUCAGAUCUUUUAUUGUCUCCAAUAUAGCCCGGUUAGCUUAGAGGCCUAUCUCUCAGCUUGGUUUCAAGAGCUCUUGCAGCUUUGUCCUUUGCUUCUGCCUUUGCUUUCUUCAGCCUCCAGCCAGCACCAAGUUGAAUCUGUCUUGCCUCUGAGAAAGGGCUUCUGGCUCUCAAUCUCCCAGAGUGCUCCUCUCCGACCCCAGUCAAUGUUCCAAAGUAAAACUCCUCACUCAGAGAAGGUUUCUGGCUGAACUCACUUGACGCUCCCGUCUCCAUGUAAUUCAGCUGAAUUCUCCUAAUUGGGCCUCUGCUUUCUUAUAUAUCAGAGAGCGGGAUUAUGGGUCUUCUCCCAUAGUGCUCUCUGGCCCUAAGAGCUUCAAGGGAGGUAUGAAUUCACAAAGUUACACAGUUAACUUUGUGAAUCUCCCAUACUUGUGAAUUCCAAUGAGUAAAGGUAUAAACACAAGCAUUGUAUCAAUUAGUUCUACUUAAUACCUUGUUUCAGGUUCUUGCCAAACACAUCUAAGAUCAGAUCAAUAAUUUAUCAACUCUAAUGAGUUAGCAGUUUGUAAAGAUUCCAACAAUAUUCCACAUCCAUAAUCUCGUUAAUAAAAAUAAGGACAUGAAACUUCUCAUCUCUUCAGGAAUGUUUGGUCAGCAUACAAAUCUUAUAGAUCAUCCCCAUCUCAUUCAUCUCAACCUUCCUAUCCCAAAAUUUCAACCAAAUAUCACUUACUCCUUCCAUUCUGCCCUAUAGAAUGCCUCUUCCAUAGGCAACAAAUUUCCCUUCAUCUUAAAUCUUCCACUCCUUGCACCUACUAGCUUUUACUGAAAUCUGGCUCUUCCCUGAUAAAACAACCUCCUCCUCCAUCCUUUUCAAUACUAGCUGCACCUUCACUCGUUCUCCUUUGCUCACUUGUUGGGGUGAGGGGGUUAGAAUACUCUUCCCCAUUGCCCCUUCCAGGUUCUCCUUCUGCUCCAUCACUCAGUGCCUUCUAUUUUGAUGUUCAUGCAUUUCAUAUCCACCAUCUGAUCAAAAUCCUGGUAGCUAUUGUCUGUAAUUCCCUGGGUCACUCCCCUUGAGUAUAAUACGUAGCUCACUUCUUUUCUCUCCUCCCCAUGAUAGGAGCUAUUCUGGUGAUGGGGGACUUGAACAUACCUAUUUACUCAUUCUCAGACACCCUCACUUCCUCAACCUAUAAAGCUGCCACUCUGCCCCACCUCAGCCACACAGUCAUAUUCAUGAUUUUUCCAUGACACUCAAGUGUGCCAUCUCUUGUGUUCAAGAAUUCUGAAAUCCCGCUAAUAACACUGACUUUUCACUUCUCCCUCUGCCUUCCCUUAUUAAACCCUAUUCACAUCCAAUCCUUUGACCCCUUAAUUCUCUCCAAGGCCAUUUCCCUUGCAUUAGCCAACCUCUUUUUACCAUCUUGACCAAUUUAAUUCUACAUGGUCUUUCUUUUUUGAAACCCUAUUCCUCUUGUGACUGAUCAUGGCCAGCCAAGCCUCAGCCUUGGAUUACUCACCUUUUGUCAUUUUUAUUCCUAUAAAGAUGGAGAACAUCAGGCAACUACUGAGUCCACGACAGAUUUGUUACAUAAUCCCAAUUGAGACCCCACUUCUGCUAGGCAAUCUGCUAGACUCCCACUCUCCAUAGCAGCUGUUCCACACCUUUAUCUCUCCUCAAACUUCAGACCAUUUGCCAUGAGCUCCUCCUUACUCAUCCCCUGUCACUCAUAUGCCUUCUACCACUAUCUCCACCCAUUUCACAUGAUGAAGCAUUAUUCCUUACCAAGGCUAACUCCUCUACUUGUCCCAAUGAUUCCCUCUUUAUCUCCUUUCCUCCAACAUAUUGUGCUCUUUCUUAUCCCUACUCUUUCACUUAUUCUCAAUCUCUUCCUUUCUACUGGUUCAUUCUACACUCUAUAUAUACUUGCCCAUGUCUCUCUUCGAAAAAACCCUCACUUGAUCAUUCCAUUCCUACUAUCAUCCUAUAUCUCCUCUUCUCUUUGUAGUUAAACUACUUGAAAAAACUAUAAAAAAAUGCCUCCACUUUUUUUCUCUUUUUUUAAUCCCUAAUAAUCCAGUUCCCUUGACUUCUAUGCAGCAUUUGACACUGUUGCUCACUCUUCAAUAUUCUAUUUUUUCUAGGAUUUCGGGAUAUCAUCAUCUCUUGGUUCUCUUCCUAUCUGACCACUCUUUGUCUCCUUUGCUGGAUCCUCUUCCCAGACCAUACCCUCUAACUGUAGGUGUCCUUCAAAUUUCUGUCCCAGGUCCUCUUCUCUAUAUUACCUGGUGAUCUUGUCAGCCCACACAGAUUUAAUUAGCAUCUUUAUACUUUAUACAUCAUUUUGAGAUGAUUCUCAAAUCUACUCUAUCCUUCCCCCAAAUCUGCUGACUUCCAAUCCUGAAUAUCUGUCUUGCAAAUAUCUUGAAUUGGAUUUCCAGUAGACACCUUGAACUCAGCAUGUCCAAAACUACACUCAUUAUCUUUCCCCUAAACCCUGUCUACUCUCUCCCUUCUAUGUUGCUAUAGAGGGUAACCCCAUAUUCCUGGUCCUUCAGGCUUGCACCUGUGUCAUCCUGGAUCCCUCACUAUCUCUCACCUAUCUGUCUAAUCGAUUGCCAAGGCUUGUCCAUUUGAAUUUCACAGCAUCCCUUGAAUACAUCACCUUCUCUGCUCUGACACUGCUACCAUUCUAGUACAAGCCCUCAUCACCUCAUGACUGGGUUGCUGCAAUAACCUGUUGGUGGAUCUAUCUGCCUCAUGGCUCUCUCAUUCCAGUCUAUCCUCCAGUCCCUAAAGUGAUUUUCCUAAAGCAGAGGUCUAAUGUCACCCUUCCCCUAUUCACUCAAUAAAUUACAGUGCCUUCCUAUUGCUUAGAUCAAAUACAAAAGGCUGAAUUUGGCAAAAAAAAGUUUAUAACAUAGUCCCCUCCUACAUUUCUAGUUUUUUACUCCCUGAUAUGUGCUCUUUGAUUCCAUGACUCUAGCCUCUUGGCUGUUACAUGAACAGGACACUCUAUCUCUUGGCUCCAAGCAUUUUCUCUAGCUAUUUUUCAUGCCCACAUUACUUUUCCUCCUUUGUCCCAUCUGCUCAACUCCUUAGCUUUUUUUAAAUUCCCAAGUAAACUCCAUUCUUUUACUGAAAGUCUUCCCCAAUUCCUCUUAAUUCUAGUGCCUUCCUUCUAUUUUCUGUUUGUCUUGUAUAUAGCUUGCUUUGCAUAUAUUUUUAUGUUAUCUUCCCCAUUAGAUUGUAAAUUCUUUGAAGUCUGUUUUUUGCCUCUUUUUGUAUUCUCACAGUGCCUGGCACACAGUGGGUGCUUAAUAAAUGUUCAUUGAUUACAGCA